GCCUGAAUCGCCGCUGCCGGCUGGGGACCGGCCGUAGGCUCCUGGGGAGCCACGGGGAGGGGGUGGCGGCCACGUCACCUUGGAGGAAGCACCUGCAGCCAUAAAUAGGCAGCACGGAGGCAGAUGGCACAGCCUGCCCAGAGCACCCCACGCUGUGCCACCUGCGCCAGGAUGCCCAAUGCCCUGCUGCCCGCCUGCCUCCUCGGCCUGCUGGCCGUCACCUCUGCCUGCUACUUCCAGAACUGCCCGCGGGGCGGCAAGAGGGCCACGUUCGACUACGUGGAGAUGGGACAGUGCAUGACCUGCGGCCCCGAGGACAAGGGGCGCUGCUUUGGGCCCAGCAUCUGCUGCGGGGACGAGCUGGGCUGCUUGAUGGACACGCCCGAGACGCAGCGCUGCCUGGAUGAGGUCAACCUGCCCGCGCCCUGCCAGUCCGGCCACAUGCCCUGCGGGGAGGAUGGCGAGAUGCGCUGCGCAGCCGAAGGCCUCUGCUGCGGUGAACAGAGCUGCAUGGUGGAGCCCGAGUGCCUGGAGGGCGGGACGCAGCUGGACAGGGCCUAG